AUGCCGGCUUGGAAUUACUCCAACACUGGAAUUUCUACAGAAACAAGCGAAACAAAGGAUAAUUUAGAAAGGUGUUCGAAAAAGGCCUCAAACAUUAUUUCACAUGCCAAGUGUUUAUCUAAGCUGAUAAGAGGACAAUUUAAUUCUUAUAAAGAUGCUAAAGAGGAGACAGAGAGGAAUAUUCCGGAAAAAGAUAUAUUAAAAUUUCCGAAAAAGGACGAGAAGAGCAUUCCGGAAAAAGACCAGACAACAUUUCUGGAAAACAAAAUAGAAAAUAUUCCAGAAAAUGAAUUAUUAAAAUUUCCGGAAAAUGAAGUAAAAGACUUUCCGGAAAAAGUGACCAUUCUGGAAAAGGGGCAUUCAGGAAAAAUAAAUAAUAAAACAUUUCCGGAAAAGGAAGUAUCGACCAUUCCGGAAAAUGAAGUAUCGACUAUUCCGGAAAACAAAAUAGAGAAUAUUCCGGAAACAGAAGUAUCAACAUUUCCGGAAAAAGGGCAGACGGAAAUAAGAACAACAGACAUUCCGGAAAAUGACCACAAAACCAUUCCGGAAAAGAGGCAGACAACAUUUCCGGAAACAGUAACAACAGACAUUCCGGAAAAAGGAAGAAUAACAACCUUUCCGGAAAAAGCAAUAGAAAACAUUCCGGAAAAACAAAAAAAUACACUAAAUGAAAUUUCUUCUUCAAAACAAAGAGAAAAAAGAGAAAAAAGAACAGUAGGAGUAUCAAAGAAAAAACCCGAAAAAAUACCAGAAAAAAUAACAGAAAAAUUAUUUAUUCAAGAAGAGGAAAAUAGACCAACUAAUAAUACAUUAAAAGAAGAAUUUAGGAAAAAUAUAUUAAUCUCAACCCUAAAAAAUCAAAAAUCUAACAGAAUACAAAAUUUGGCUAAAAAGAGGGGAAAUAUUCUCAAAAAUAAAAAUAAAAUUAUUCAUCAUCCUGUAAUUACAAAAGAAUCAAAAUUAAAUAAACCUCCACCUCCUUUUAUUAUUUCUUCGGGAAAGAAUUACUCGUUGAGGGAAAAGAGACCGAAUGCAACACCGCUUGGAGCUGUUGCUAAGUUUCUCACUAGAGAAUUGCUUAGAAUGAAGAAUAAACCUCCUACGGUCGUAGAGUAA